AUGGACUGGAUAUUAGAAUCCAACCAUCAAAUUUUUAAAAUAGAGAUUUUGCAAGCACAUGAUAGGAUUAUUGCUGUUUCUGUUUAUAGAUUUGACUCUUUUAGACCCGUGUGGAUAAAAGUGAAAAGCAUCAAGGAUAGAAUGUUCUUUGUAUCAAGUCUUGACUCAUCCUUUGCUUGUCAAGCAAUUAAUCCAGAAAUUGAAGGAGGCCGUGUCUAUAUCGCUAUAGAGGAUAAGGACUUUGUCUACAUUUACAACAUUGAAGACGAGAGUCUUAUGAUAUCUCAGUCUUUCUCUAAUUUACCCAAAAAUCGGUCUUAUUCAAGAUGGAUAAUGCCAAAUAUAGGAAUAAGUGAUACACUCAAAGGUGAAAAUGGAAAAGUUCAACAAAUUAGAGAAAAAGAAAAUAUGUAUGGUGCAAUCCAUUUAAAGGAGACGGAGGAAAAAUUUGCACUUCCUCUAGACAUUGUUGAAGUGAUCGCAAAACAAAUUGUUGACGUAUUUGAUUAUUUGCAGUUUCGCGCUACCAAUAGACUCUUUCAUCUAGCAGACGGGAUAUUCACUGUCGUGCAUCCAAAACAUGGUCUCAAGUACAAAUAUAACAUAGACUUUCCAUAUGAUGAAUUUUGGACCUGGAUGGAAGAUUGGGAAAUUUGCUGUUCUAAAGAUGGUUGGCUAUUACUAGCUGCAGGAAUUAAAAGACGUGCAUUUUUCUUCAAUCCCUUUACAAAAAAACAAGUGUUAUCACCUGAAUUAAGGUUUCCAAUCAGGAAUACCCGGUGCGUAGGACUUUCACAUAACAUUGAAUUUCCUCUCUACAACAUUAGUCCUGCUUUACAUAAUGGAUUGUUUUAUUAUCUUAGCAUUAAAGGAAAGUUGGCAGUUAUAGAAGCAACAAGAGGAGAAGAACCAAAAUGGAAAGAACUUGUGGAGCCUCAAUCUCCAUGCACUGGUUUCUUCGACAGCUUUCUAGUUGAAUGUAAUGGCAGUCUCUUGUCAGUAUUUGAAUGUUGUUAUAGAAAAUGGGUUAAAGUUUUCAAGUUGAAUGAAUCUACAAUGAGAUGGAUAAAAGUUGAAAGCCUCAACAAUCAAAUGCUUUUUGUUGGCAACCAUACAUCAUUUUCUGCAGUGGCAAAGAUUCCUGGAAUGGAAAACAAAAUCUACUUUACUAGAUUUUAUGAUGAGAGUAUCGUGUUUUAUUGUUUAGAAACAAACAAGUACCACACAUUUGGAAAUGAAGUUGUUAAUUUUCAUCAUGUGAAAGAACACUUGAAUAGUUGCUGGAUUGACCCAAGGUGGGACUAA